AUGGCAAAUGUUCAGAAGAAACAACAUACCAUACGAGCUCAUAUUCACAACGAAUUCAACACUGGCCCUGAUUUUGAAUCAACCAAUAUGUUCAAAGCACAAGAAGGUCCUGCAUGCAAUAAAACAAAAUCUGUUACACUGUCAAAUACAGACGAAUGUGAUAUACCACCUGCUAAACGCCGCCGUUUACAAGGUACAUUAACUAAAACAUUAAUAACAGAAUAUCAACGUCUAGCAUGGGAAGCUUUAAAAGAAAAUAUUAAGGAUAAAGUUAAAGAAGCCGAUAAAUCAAAUUUAUCAGCAAUUAGUCGUGGACUAUUUAAAUGCAAUAUCAUACGUGGUCGUGGCUUAGUUGCAAAUGCUAUUAUUCGAGCACAACUUAGAUCCCCAUCGUCUACUCCUGUGUAUGCUGCAUUAGUCUGUAAAAUUCAUCGAAAAUUGCCUAUAAUUAGUAAAUUAAUUUUCAAGCGUCUUAUAUUAUUGUUUCGUCGAACACAUCAACGUAAUGAUAAAAUCCGUUGUUUGGCAAUAAUAAAAUUUAUUUCACAUCUAAUUAAUAAAAAUAUGUUACGUGAAACAGUUGCUUUGCAAAUGCUUCUUUUUCUCCUGGAAAAUUCAAAUGAUCAUAAUACAGAAUUAGCUGUUCAAUUAUUAAAAGAGUGCGGUGAAAAGUUAUUACACGCCAGUCGACAAGAAGUAGAUUUCGUAUGUACAACAUUAACAAACUUGCCUGAUGAAUCAUCAUUAAAUAAACUUACACAAGAUAUUCAUGAAAUCAUAUUUACUGCACCAACAAAACAACCAGUUGUAGAACGUGGUUUAAAUUUCGUCGAUAAAUAUAGUCAAUAUGCACACAUACUGCAAUUAGACGAUCCGUGUGAUCCCGAUGAUAUACUCGAUGUAUUUAGACAUGAUGCAAAAUAUGUCAUUAACGAACACGAAUAUAAACAAAUGAGAAAAAGAAUUCUUGAUGAAAAUACUACCGAUGAAGAUGAAUCCUGUUCAUAUACAUCAGAUAGUGACGAAGAAUCAUCUUCAGAUACGUCAGAGAGUGAUGAAGAUGAAUCAAGUUCAUAUGUAACAGAUAAUGCUGAUGAAGACAAUGGCAAUGAAGAAAAACAACAGCUGAUCAUUAUCGAUCGAAUUGAAACAGAUUUAGCAACACUCCGUCACAAAAUAUGUUUAACAAUUCAAGCCAGUAUCGAUGCUGAAGAAUGUGCGCAUAAACUACUUAAAAUGGACUCAUAUAAUAGAUUAAACGAAGAACUAUGUCAAAUGAUUGUUGAUGUUUGUGCGCAACAGCCUACAUAUGAAUGUUUUUUUGGUUUACUUGGAGAACGUAUUUGUCUAUUAGAAGAUAAAUAUGUUUAUUGGUUUACGUGCAGUUUUGAAGAUCAAUAUGGUCAAUAUGCAAUUGCUCGUCACAUGGAAAAUGCAUUCGCCUCUAUUUAUUUAUCUAAUAAAACUGCAAUCUCAUCUCAUGUGUAUUUGAAACAUUUGUUUUUGGAAUUAUUUGAAUUUUUUGGCUUCACCAAGCUUAAGAAUCAUUUAACUGAUCCAACAUUGGCAGAUUACUUUAAAGGUCUUUUCCAACACAAUAAUCCAGAAGAUGCUCGAUUUUGCAUCAAUUUUUUCACAUCAAUUGGCCUUGGUAGAAUAACAGAUGAAUUACGCGAAUUCAUCAUAUCAAAUCCAACACCGGCUCCACCUGCUCAAAUCUCAAUAUAUAAUGAAAUCCUGCAAAAUUUCUAUGAUCGUCAUGGUCGUUAG